AGAGUAACAAGUCGAAUGCGUGUGACUGAAAUGUCGUCCACCAUUUCUUAAGCCUGAAAGCUGCAGAGUUAGUUAGUAUCGAUCUGCAACUUUCACAAACCGAGGAAAGCAAACACAUGUGGAGUGAAUCCAUGAAGCUAUUUGCUAUAUUUAGUGAGGAGAGAAGAUCCGUUCUCUUGAGUCCUGACCAAUCGAAAUACUUGUCUUGAAGCAGUAAUAUUUCGUUUACUCGGACUAUUAGAGAUCGAGGAGAGUGAUCUUUCCAAAGCUGCAAAGGAAUAAAAGUUUUAGAAAAGAUCGCUUUUGAAAUGGGUGACAUCAUCGGUCACAAAGAUAGGCAAAUAUGGUUACCCUCUCAUGUUCUCCAAGAUCCCUUGUUUGAUCAUUCCAACAAACAUCAGUUGCAGAAAUUCGUCAAGAAUGAUCACCACCAUGGCAACAAUGGAUUCCGUCGACCGGGUGCACCUCCUUUAAGAGAAACUUUUCCUUUGAACUAUAAUACAAGACAAAAGCAGCAAAACAAUUGGCAACGGAGUAAAGGAGAGGACCGGAUGCAAGCAUUUUUCUUGGUUUCCCCGGGCCGUACAACUUCUGGCACCGGAGUUUUUCUUCCGGCCACUGCUUCUCAACCGCAAACCAAAAAACCAGCUUGCUCGCCGGUGCUUCUCCCGGCGCGUGUUGUUCAAGCGCUCAAUCUCAACGUUCACAACAACGGUAUUCAUAUUUGCCCCCGUUCAGAAAUUCGAGAAAAUGAUUCGAAGAAGAAGAGCAAAAUGGUGGAAACACCUAUGAACAUUGAAGUCGAGACUCCAAUUGAUUCGCCGGAGAAACUUCUCCCGGAGGAAUGGACUUAUUGAUUACCCGACUGUGAUUUGCCAUUGACCAAUUUUUCUCUCUUAAUAAUGUGAAGAUUUAGAAUCAAAUAAAAAUAAAAUGAUUCUUCUGUCGUUUGUUACCAUUGGAUUAGUAAUAAAUACCCAAAAUAAGAUU